AUGUGCGUUUUACAGUCUCUGGUUGAGCAUCUAUUCGGAACAGUAUUCCAUGUGACGGGAGACUUGAUUUCACGUGAUCAUCCGGCUUUGAUAAUAAUGAAUCAUAGAACAAGGUUAGACUGGUUAUUUUUAUGGAACGCUUUAUAUAAAAUGGAUCCUCUGCUGCUCACAACUGAAAAGAUCUCACUAAAGGCUCCCCUCAAAAGCAUACCUGGUGCAGGAUGGGCUAUGGGCUGUGGGUCUUACAUUUUUCUCGAAAGAAGCUUCGACAACGACAAGGCUACUAUGGCAGCAUGCGUUAAAUACUACAAACAGUCAGGGAACAAUUAUCAGUUACUAUUAUUCCCCGAAGGGACCGAUCGUGGCGCUCGUGCUGCAGCUCAGAGUGAUGAAUAUGCAAGACAAAAUGGUCUACCUCGUUAUGAUUACGUACUUCACCCUAGGACAACUGGUUUCAAUUACCUCCUGAAUGUGAUGAGAAGCGAGAACUAUAUCUCCUGCGUCUACGACAUUACAGUGGCUUACGAAGACGUGAUUAUAGAUUCCGAAAUGAGUUUGUUAAAAGGACUCUUUCCUAAGAACAUUCAUUUCAACGUGAAAAAGUACGACGUCAAAGAAAUACCAUCCGAUCCUGAAGAGAGCGGCAUUUGGUUGAAGGAAUUAUGGCGUGAAAAGGAGGAAGCACUGAAAAAAUUUUACGAGUCCGAGCCUCAUAAGCGACGUUUGGAUCCCAGCGGAGUCGGCUAUAUGUUUCCGGUUAGAACGGAAGGUAUUGGUUACUACGUAGCAUUUACCUUUUGGAUACUCAUGACAGCGGUGUGGUUACAUUCCAUUUAUGCAUACUAUGUUCUUCGAUUGUAUGUUAUUCUCGUUUCUUUGUUUUACAUAUACGUAUUGAAACGUUAUAAUGGUAUAGAAUUUCUUCGAACAAUGGGUGUGGGUGAACCACCCGUAGUAGCAACCAAACAGCAUUUUUUGAUUCGAUUACGAGGAUGGAUAUUUUGUGCUUUCACAUUGAUCUCUGCUUUACUUGGAACGAUUUUCAUCAUUACUCCCCUGUUACCCAUUAUGUAUAUUAAUCCAAGACUUUGGCGGAAGUGCAUGGAUCGUCUUGUCGGAAUUUGGGUAGUGAUGCCUGGCGCACUAAUGACAUACAUUUUUGGCGCAAAGGUUCGCAUACGUGGCGACAUGAUUGACCACAGCAAGCCUGCUCUUAUAAUAAUGAACCACCGAACCAGACUGGACUGGUUGUACUUUUGGAAUGCUCUCUUCAAAAUGGAUCCAUGGUUGUGUACGUCAGAGAAAAUCAUACUAAAAGGAAUUUUGAGAUUAAUACCAGGAGCA